AUGAACCAUGGGUACAUUGCUCAUGAUUUGGUCAUGGUCAUUCUAUCCUUGUCCCUCAUAAUUCUUGGUGUUGUCCUCUUUCUUGCAUGCAAGAAGAAGCCAGUUGAGUCUGAAGAGACACUUUCUGUGAAGCACUGUGCUCGUGUGUACUCAUUGAUGGACCUUGAUGCUGCCACUGAUGGCUUCAACCAUAGGAGAAUGGUGGGAAAGGGUCGUCUAGGAACAGUGUAUGCUGGGGUUCAAGAGAAUGGAGAGCUUGUGGCUGUGAAAAGGAUUCAUCCCGUGCUUGUGUUGAGCAAUGCAGGGUUUGGAUUCUCGUCAGUGUUGAAAUGGCUCUCUUCAGCUCAACAUCCCAACAUAGUUCCUAUCAUUGGAUUCUCAGAAGCCCCGGGUGAGAGAUUUAUAGUGAUGGAGUUUGGGCGCAUGGUGAGCUUGGAGUUCUGUUUGCGCCAAAACGUUAAUGGGGCAUCACUUUUGGAUUGGAACAAGAGAAUCAGAAUUGCAGCCGGAGCAGCCAGAGGGCUUCAGUACCUGCAUGAAGUGGCAACACAAAACAUUAUACAUGGGUGUGUCAAGUCCUCAAAUGUUUUAAUUGAUGUCAACUUUUGUCCCAGGAUUUGUGAUUAUGGUCUCAACUUUUUGGCACCACGAGAAAAGAGAGGGCUAGUAGGUUAUGUGGAUGAUGAGUAUUGGAAUGAAAAUGGAGGUGGUGCAAGCAAGGAAAGUGAUGUUUAUGGGUUAGGGGUGGUCAUGCUUGAGCUCUUAAGAGGUAGAGAAUGCGAGGAAGGAGUAUGA